GAGGGCAGAAUACAGCGCAUGAGAGAGACGGUGUGCCAGAAGCUAGGAGAGGAGGUGUUUCUGAAGGUCUAUGACUGUCUGAAGCAGGCCCGACAGAAGCAGGAGAGUGAGGAGAACAUCAGACAGGCUCUGAUCCAGCUGGUGGAGAGGCCCGAUGAUUGCUUUGAAGUAGAUCAACUUCUUUAUUAUGAAGAGCUGCUCUCGGCGGCACAGGAGAACACCAGACCGGCAGAAGAUGUGGUAAUUAAUGGAGCAGUCAAGCUAAAGGUUAUUAGAUUGCUCCGAGUCUGGAUGGGAAAUGUGAGACGGAGGACACAGAGGAAGGAGGGAGUAAUUAACCAGGAGAGAUUCUCCUUAGAGGUACUUCAGACAUUAUAAAGAUGCAGGAUGAAAACCUCUGCAUAGCGACGCAUUGAUUAAAGGGCAUGAUCUACAGUUCAGUUGCAUGUAUAAUCAUUUUAAC